UUAUACACUCGAUUGAAUAGAUCUUUGGGAUCCGUCUUUUACUGGUUUCUUCUCCAUUUGGAGGUCCAGAACCAGAGCUCUAUCUGUAAAAACGGCCUGAAGUUCUUUGAUUUCGGCAUCAGAUCCUUGCUGGCUUCUUUUAGUGUGCUGUUCUCGCAGUAAGCUGCAUUUUGGUACCCGUUUCAAGGGUUUUCAUGCUCUUUAAGGCUUUGAUUUUAUCGACAAAUGCAUACUGGUUCAGUAAGGCGUUUUCUUCUCCAUUAACACCUUUUAUCAGGUUCCUUUCGAACUUCUUCCAUGAAAUUUACUGAUUAAUGUUUUGGAUCGGGUUAAUUAGAGGCUGUAUCUGCGGGUUAUGAUGCAAUUAGGGUUUGGAUUGGUGGUUUACUGUGAAAUAUCGUGUUCAUAAACGAUUUCACAUCUGGUUGUUGACUCUUUAAUAGCAUUGAGAUUUAACGGUUUUGCCUGGUUUUAGCCCUUACACACUAUAUUAUAGGUGCAAAUUUGUUGGGUUUUGAAGGUUUAGGUGUUUGUGUACAGUGAAAUUGUCUUAUUGUUGGGGAGAUUUGGUUGUGAUUUAGGAAUUGCAUAACGAUUGAAAACCCUUUCAGAUCAUUUUGAGGUGUUUGGUAUUUGAGAUAUGGAGUUUCCUCCCCAGUGGAGAGAUCUACUUUUUGGUUUCAGAAGUCGCAUAAGGAUCUUCAGCUAAUGCUUACUUCGUAUUCAGCUAUAUUUGGUUAUGUUUUGGUGGUUGUUGGAUACUUUGAUGUUUCUUCAUUGAUGACGUUGAGAUUGUGUUAAGACUAAGAACACUUAGGUGAAAAUUUUCUUACUUGUUAACUUGCAGUUCUUGUGAUCUAAUGCAAUAGCAACUGGAAUCGUAUUGCAAUAUUUUGCAUGCUCGUCAUAUCUUUUGAUUGAAGGAUUUACUGUGUUUUCUGGAGUGGAAUCAAAAGUGUGUUUGAGCUUGUCUUUCAAUCCAGAGACAAAAGCAUAUGGAACUUCAGCCAGUCCUCUAAGAUUUGCCUGUCAUUCAGCAGAAGAGGGAAGUUUUGAUGCUGUAGUGAUAAUCAAAGAUCUAUUUUGUUGUCCUAAGGUUGAAAUAAUCGGAGAGGGUAUGUUGUUUGAAAUUGGCUCAGCUGAAUUUGUUAAAUGCUAAGUGUUCAGAGGACUAAAUUCUUGCUCUGACAGGGGUUGAGGUGAAAAGUGUUUAGUAUCUCAUGUUUUUUGUCUAAAAGCUGGUAAAACAGGAUUGCUGUUUUGUACCAAUUGUUAUUGUUUGGGCUUCUUUUAGAAUCUGCUACUAAUUUGGCAGUGAGUAGUCAGAGCAAGGUAAGAUCUUUGCUUUGCUUAAGUGAAAGAAAGAGGGUCCUAAGAAAUUUGUUUUACAGCUGGUGCCUGAUCCUUGUUUUUGGAAAAGGGAAGAAGGCAAGCAGAAAGCUGAUUUAAGGAUCCAGUUAAAGGUUGUGGUGGGACUCUGCGGUUAUAGUGUUAUGGAAACCCUAGUUGCUUUGUCUUCUGAAAGAUACAUCAAUCACCAUGAAUCACAGACUAUGCAUUACAAGAGAAACAGAUCUCGGAACCCAGAAGAAUUCAGUUCGGAUUGUGCUAUGAGCUAUAAAGAGCUCAACUGUAGAACUUUCCAUUCUCGACCAGGUAUUCUGCAGUCCCCAUCCGCUCUUACAUCAAGUUCUAGGCCCAACUAUGCCAUAAAUGCUGGGUCUAAAGAGCAUGACAAAAAUAGAACCUCAAGAAGUAGCAAUAAUAGCUAUUUGGGUUCUAAGAAGAACAAACAGAGCAGCUUGGUUCCUAUUGAAAUGACUCCACCUGGUAACAAAAUCAAGCCAUUUGCUAAUGAAAUUUCAUAUCAAGGAGCUGGUGGAUUCUCCUCUUCAUCUGGGCCUGCCUCGAAACAAUCAACUAGUAAGAGUGGUAGUGGGGUUGGGAAGACAAGUAAGCAUAGCAAUCCAAUUCCUAUCAAUGUCACACCUACCUUUUACAGAAACAAAUCAGCCAUUGAUUAUCUCUCUGACAUGAAUGGAGAUGCAGAUGUGUUCAACUCCCCCGAGCUUUGGGCUGGUCCAACCUAUUCGAACUCCCCCCCUCCAAGUUCCCUUCCAAUCCCCAAAUUCUCUCUUCGCCAAAAGAGAAGUAAUUCUCUUGAUUUUCCUCCUGCAGAAGCUGAUGUUACUCUCCCCACAUUUGCCAAAUCUGCUCCCCCUUCUCCCUCGAGGGAUCCAUGCCCUUCUAGUGAUGGUUUCUUCGAUGAUAUUGCUUCUGCUACUCAGAAUUUGAGGCGCAUUCUCAAUCUGAAUCUUGAAGAGGAUUGAGUUUGCAACACUGGAAAUGACAUUGCACACUGUAAAAUAUGUGUAUAGAAAGUAAGGUUGGAACCAAUAAGGUGUAGUCCUUUUUACCAGAUCGUUUUAGAGUUUUAGCAUGUAGAAAUUGUGAAGUGGAUGAUGGGGUGACUUAGGCUUUGAUUGGAAGGUUCUUAAGAACUUUGGGUACCUAUUAGGCUGCGGUGGGUUCUCUCAUAAUCUGCCUUCAGUUUAGUGAUCCUCAUCCUCACUUGCACAUUUGGUUUUUUCUCCUCUAUUUUUUCUUUUUAUAUUUUCUUACUUAGUAAUUGCUGUAGACUUUACCCAGUUAACCUUUUACUUAGGUUUAUUUCAGAUUUACGUUUUUCACUUGUUUUUCGCAGUGUAAAUAAACAUAGGAUCCAUCUCUUUUGCCAUCUCCUGACCUUUUAGGUGUAGCAUUUCUCUUCAUUCACUCCAUCCUCUCUGAAAUACUCGUGGUUUCUUCUUAAUUGGCUACCUUUUUCUUUUUUUUUUUCUUUCCCUUUUUUAUUUCUCUUCUACCUUUUCACACCUCUGCAAUAUCUUCCUGGGUAUCAUAAGUCCUGACUCUGAAUCUAACCCCUUUUCCCUUUUUCCCUGGGUUUUUUGAAAUGGGAAAAUUGGGCGGGGAAACCUUGAUUGUUUUCCUUCUUUUUCCUUAUUUCGUCUGAUUAGAUCAGUUUUUAUUCUCUCUUCUAUCUGGGAUGGCAAAGGGUUUAGAGUCUGAAUCAAGUUCAAUGGUUCUUCUGAGAAAGUGCUGGAAAGCGGACAUUACAAGGCACCGUUUGGUUUUUCGGUUGUGGCUGAAGAUCUGAAGAUUUUUUUUCCUUGAAGGCGUGUUAUGUUCCUUGGAGGAGCUCUGUCAGGAGUGAGUUUUACCAGUGGAGACCACUCUAUGUCAUGCUAGUCUCUUUUCUGGGGGUUGAUGUUUUCUUAAUGUUCCAGUUUGUUGUAGUUUGUUCAUUUUGUGUUUGCUUGCUAGAUGGUGUUAUACGCAGACUGUUUCUAUCGUUGUGAAGGCUGUCCUGUGAUGUGAAUUUGUUUGGCUUUUUUUCUCUUUCUGGAUUUAUCAGAUACUCAUUUGAUUAUUACAAGAUGUUUUGGAUUAGACAUUGGUGUUGGUAUGAAAUAUAUUUUCCUAUGCUUCUCUGUUU